CGUCCGCCAUAGUGACAAGAGGACUGGGUGGUCAUAGUGCAGACUUGUACGUGAGACGAACGAAUAUGCGGCUCCUUACCCACAACAUGCUCGUGUGCCACGUCAAGGCGUGCGCCGACACGGCCGGACGCGAAGCGGGCACUCGUCCGCUCAACUUUCCGCUGCGGAUUGCUCCAGAAAUGGACGGUGUAGUGGUGCUUGAGACGCAGUACAGCAAGAGCUUCAUGCUGCACAUCAUGAAGUCCAUCGACUACCCGGCGUUGUGCCACACCACUAAGGAGCUGAACCACCCAGAGGUGCCAAUUCUGCCGGAGCAGAUCCCCGCCGACUUAUCGGAGCAGGACGAGCUGCUGAAGCUCAUCCACCGUGUGAUUUUCGACACAAACAUCGUGGAGGGAGAACUGAUUUGCAAUAACUGCGGACGUAGCUACCCGGUCACCAACGCUGUGCCUAACAUGCUGCUGGAAGAGGACGAACUUUAGAACUGCUGGAUCGAAAUUGUAUGGUUUAAUGUAUUUGAUGAACCCCACGGUCAAUUAGAUGGAUACUAAUUUUGACG